CCAAUCAGCGCACGGGAGGGUGGUUGCGUAACGGGGGUCGGGUGGACUUCGGCCUUCCGCCGAUGAUGAAACAGCAAAGAGCGUAGCGACACAAUCUUUCGCUCCGUCCUGGAAAACUAUGCAAGUUUAGACCACGGAACUUCUUUUGUAUCCAGCAUUAGAGUUAAUCCCAUGAAAUAUGAAGUUCUGGAAGUCACAGCAUGUUUUCCAGCACUGCUGGGAAAGAGUAACCCAAGCUGCAUGGAGAAAAUAUCCCAACGAACUAAACCCUAACGUUAAGACAUUAGAUGUCUUGGAUAGACAUGUAGAUAGUGAAGGGCGGUUACACACUACAAGAUUAAUGGGUGCUGAAGGCUUGUUUCCUGCCUGGGUGAACAGAAUUGUUGGCUUGGAAGAGUAUCAAUAUGUUGUUGAGGAGUCUAUAGUCGACCCUGUUAAUAAGACAAUGACUUUGCGAAGUAAGAACACCUCACUAUCAAAUUGGGUAUCAGUGGAAGAAACGCUUGUCUACUCUGAACAUCCCACUGAAUCUAACAAAACUCAACAGACACAUGAUGCUACCAUCAAAGUGUUUGGUCUGAGCUUCAAGGAUUACUGUGAAAAUAUGAUCAAGACAACUAUGGCAGCUAAUGCUGGAAAGGGAAGGCAAGCAAUGGAGAAUGUCAUAGCAGUGAUCAAUAGAGAGGUACAAGACCUUGCUAUUAAUCUUGAGCAAGCAACAUCAAGGUUAAAUACAGAGUUUGAGCAAGCUAAACAAGGACUUGAACAGGCAGCAAGAAUACCACAAGUCAUGUGUGAAGGUUCUUCAAACUCCCGAUAAUGUGCACUUGGUGUGUUAUAAAUAUUCAUGUUGGUGUUGGAGAGUCUUCUGUCCCAGGGAUGGUUGUAUGUGAUGGACAUGUAAUUAUAUGAUGGGUGGAAAAAAGGAUGCAAUGGCUCGGACAUUACGAGCAAGAAAGGAAAGGGACGAGGCCUAGAAAUGGAGACAAGAGCCUGGGAAACAAUCUUCACAGUGACAUCACAACAAAGGGAUAAGGCCUGGAAAUGAAGACAAGAGCCAGGGAAACAAUCUUCACAUUGACAUUGCCUAUCAACUCCCAACAUUAUCAGUGUUCACUAGAACUGCAUAUGUGGUAACGCUCCAGCCAGAGAAAUAAUAAAUAAACAGACAUUUUUUGUCUUAUUUAAGACAUCACACAUUCUCCUGCUGUUUGCUGUCUGGCGAUUUCAUUGAAUAAACAAACUUCCCCCAACUGCCUAGAGUUGACCUAAAGUCUUAAAGAAAUAGUUUAGAAAUGACUCAUUAUAUGAAGGUUUCACUUAUAGUGGAACCUUCCUAUAAUGACAACAGCACUAGGUUAGAGCAUCUGGGGCUAAAAAUAAUAUUAUUAAUAAUAAUACCAUGAAACAUAAUAGGGCCUGAGAGAGUCCAAAUUAUCACAAAGCACAUUAUAUUGAAUAUAAUACCCAUAUCUUAUGUGUGAAUGGGAAUUUAAGUUUUUAGUGUACAAAAUGUUCUAAUCAUUGUUUCCCUCAUUCUCAAGGAUAGUUUUGAUAGCUCAUAGGCUAAAGUUCAAAUAUUUGGCAAUAUUGCUGAGUCAUAUGACGUUUGCAUUAGCAAGAGACAGGUAAAAGUUUUUGAAAUUGAAUGGGGGACCUCAUGUUAUAGAAAGAUGUAUUUGUAUUGGUUUUAAUAUUUUAGUGAGCUAUUUAUAAGGUUAUGUUUUCACAACAACAGAAAAGUUCUAAAUACUUAAAAUCCUUUUGGUGUAAGGAAAUUGUAUUUAUAAUUACAACAUUUGUGAAUAAACUGAAAUAAAUGAUUUUAGGGAAAAAAA